UUGUGAUAAUAUUGUUUUGGACGGUUACUGUGAACAAUUAAAACAGGUAAAUGCAAAUUAUUUAAAUCUGUGCAAAAGAUUGGAAUUACUAGAAAAAUUUCAAAACGUGACAAAACCCAAUUGCAAUGGGCUGCCUGUUGUGAUGCAACAACCUAACAAGCAGUUACAGGUUAAAACAAUUGUAGCUGAUAAACUUCCUGCUGUUAGUGUUAACGAACUUGUCGAAACGUUUGAAACAAAAUCUUCUUCUAGUGACAAACAAAGUGCUUCUGUUUCCAAUCAGAAGAAAUCUGAUACUUCGCGAGUGUCACGUAUGAACUAUAGUGCUGCUGUAGGUAAAAAGUCAAAACAUAUUAUUGGCUCAGUAAAAAGUUCUUCCACUGUGACUGUUGAGAGUGGUGUUUUGCCUCUGAGAACGGUUGAUAAGCAUAGAUCAAUCUUUGUAUCUAGGCUGCAGCCUGAAGUGACGGUGUCUGAAGUUACCACGUAUCUGAAUCAGUCUGGCAUAGCCAGCACGGAUUUUGACUGUCAAAAAUUGAAUUCCAGAGCGUGAUUUUAUAUGGCCUCCCCCUCUGGGGUGGAGCCACAGAAGUCGCCCGAGUCCUUCAUCUCCAGAAGAGGGCCCUGAGGAUUAUUUGUGAGGCUGGUAGAUUAGCCCACUGUCGCCCGCUCUUUAUCAAAGAGAGGAUCCUCACCGUCUUCUCCCUCUAUGUUCUCCAUACCCUUUGCAGAACACAUGCAAACGUGGGGUUGCUCAUGACCCGACAGAGCUUCCACCCAUAUGAGACUAGGGGUAGACUCAGGCUGGAUUUACCCUACCAGAGGCUGAGCAGAACUCGGACUGGUCUGGCUCAUAAUAUGUCUAUCAGCCUCUAUAAUAGGCUGCCUCUGUUGGCCAGGGAUCUGCCUGCUGUGCAGUUUCGAGGGGCUCUGAGGAGCCUGCUGAUGGAUCACCCCCUGUACUCACUCCGUGAGUUCUGUAUGUUGGAGAGCAGUGUGGUGAGUGCCUAUUUUCUUAUUUGAUUUCUGCCUCUGGGCAGUUGUUUUUCUUUUACAUUUUUGAUGUGUCCCAGUGGGCUUCACUUUAGUGAUC